AUGGAUGAUUCAGAUGAAGAAUAUACCGCACCAUCAACAAAUAAUAAUAGUGUAUCUGUUCUGAAUUCACCAAAGGUAGAUAACGAUGAUAUCUUGGAGGAAGAAGGUGUAUCAAAGAGAACUAGAUCCAGUGGGAAUUCUAAAGCAGGUGGAAGCGUUAGUGAUCUAAAACAUAACAAUGGCUAUGCAUGGGAAGAUCAGUAUCAAAGGUCUUGGGAUAUUGUCAAAGAUGACGAGGAUGGUACAAGAUCACUAGAAUCUAUCAUUCAAACAAUGAUUGAAAAUAGGAAGAAAAAGAUUAUGAAAAACUCUUCAACACCAUUUCAGAGAGGUAUCAUAAGGACUCUAAUAGUCAUCAUUGAUGGCUCCCUGUCGAUGUUGGCUAAAGAUUUGAGACCUUCUAGAUUUUCAAUGAUGCUUUCUUUGUUACAAGACUUUGUUGUCGAGUUCUUUGACCAGAAUCCCAUUUCGCAGAUGGGAAUAGUCAUGAUGAGAAACGGAGUAUCGACAUUAAUAAGCGAGGUCAGUGGGCUGCCUCAGCACCAUAUAGAAAAGAUAAGACAAUUGAAAGCAAGGCAGCACAAUAGGUUUGAACCUAAGGGUGACCCUUCUUUACAGAAUGCAUUAGAGAUUGCAAGAUCCUUAUUAAGUUACAACUUCGGAUCGAAUACAAACAAUACCAAAAAUUCUAAGGAAAUAUUGAUUAUAUUCGGUGCUUUGUUUACCAGUGAUCCCGGAGAUAUCCAUAAGACAAUUGACAACCUCGUAAAAGAUGAAAUUAAGGUAAAGGUCAUAGGCUUAUCAGCUCAAGUUGCGAUAUGCCAGGAAUUAGUGAGCAAAACAAACCACACUAACAACAUCGCAUCCACGAAUUUCUAUGGGGUUAUUUUGAAUGAGUCUCACUUUAGAGAACUUUUAAUGGAUAGUGUUGUUCCUCUACCAAUAUCUGAAAAAGACAAUUUAGAAAUAGAAAAGAGGGAGGGUGUCACUUUGCUUAAAAUGGGCUUUCCCUCAAAGAUCCAGCCAUAUUCGUCAUUAUCGACAUCGUCAUCUUUCAGCUCCAAUUUUCCUCAACUUUGUGCUUGUCAUCCCACUUCGGGCUCAGAGGACUCUAAGAAUGUUGUGGAAUUUGCAAAUAACGAGAAUCCGGAAGAGACGAAUGUCUUCGGAUACCAGUGCCCUCAGUGUAAAAAUAAAAUAUGUCAUCUUCCAACAAUUUGCCCUAUUUGUGGGCUCAUGCUAAUUUUGUCUACUCAUUUGGCCAGAUCAUAUCAUCACUUAGUUCCUUUAAAAGAGUACCAAGAAGUUCCAGUGAGUGAAUCAUAUAAGAGUAGCCUCUGCUUUGGGUGCUUACUAAAAUUUCCAGAGGGAUAUAAAGGCAAAAAGAAAGAGACAUUAGAGGGCUAUACAAGCUCAAGAUAUAGUUGCCCCAAGUGUAAAAAUGAUUUCUGCAUUGAUUGUGAUGUCUUUGUCCAUGAGGUCUUACAUAAUUGCCCAGGUUGUGAAAGUAACUUGAAUCCUUAA